AUGAAAAACAACAAAUUCAAUGUAAUUAUAUUAGGUAAAAGUUAUGUCGGUAAAACAACGAUAUUCAAUCGAUAUGUUAAUGGCAAUUUUUGUGAAAAAUUUGAUCCAACCAGCGAGGAUACAUUGAGUAAAUGUGUUCAACUCGAUAAAACAAACUAUGAUGUGGAUUUUAUUGAUACAUUUUCAAAUUGUGGUUUUCAUUCAUUGAUUGAUUAUUUAAUAAGUUUAAGUGAUGUAUUUGUGAUUGUGUAUGCAAUUAAUUAUAGAGAGUCUUUUGAUGAAAUUACACAAAUCCACCAAAAUAUUGUAAAUAUACUUCACAAAAAUCACAAAGAAUGUUUACCAAUAGUUAUUUGUGGUAACAAAAGUGAUUUGGAAAUGGAUAGAAGAGUGUCUUUUGAUGAAGGACAACAAAUGGCAAAUGACUUGAAUUGUCUUUUCUUUGAAACGUCUGCAAAAAACAAUAUUAAUGUAACAGAAGCACUUGAAAAUGUUAUGUUGACUUAUAUUGAAAAGAUCAAUAAAGAAAAUUCUCGAAUUAACAAUGAAAUGAUUAUUGAAGAGAAAAUAAGAUGUACAACAGUUUAA